AUGGCGUUCCAUAUGCCAUUAAAGGAGUUACAACCAGUUGACACAUCACUUCCGGAGCACGUUGUCAAGGGUGCCGUAGUGAUUGACAAAGAAUUUACAAUAUGGAAUCAUCGAGCUGUAAUUCCAUCAAAUGCUCUUCACACAGUAUUCAUAACAAUCAAUUUAUUGGAACAAAAACUGACGGAUGUCGUGAAAAUGGCAGCUCGAUCAAUGAAUUUAUCAGAAGAUGAUUCGUAUGGAUUGAUGGCUGAUAAACCGAAAAGAUUCAUAACUGAUGAUAAUUUGAAUUCAUUAGGAAGUGGUUUCAUAUUAACACUUUGUGCAUCACCGGAUCAUUAUGUUAAACGGAUUACUGAAAUAUUGACAGAAGGAAAUAAUAUUUCACAAAUGGAAAAUGCUGUGAAAACUCUCGAUGAGUUUUCUCUGGAUCCCGCUCUAAUUGAAGCCUUUUAUCGAUGCUCAUCUCUUGAACUCUUGUUCAGUUUAAUUCGUGAUGAUCGAGUUUGUAUGAGCUCAACACUUCUUUCAACAUGUCUUCGUGCACUUUCAAGUAUGCUGGAAUUAGCUGUAGGAGAUUUUACAUGGAAAUCAGUACCAAAUGAUGUAGUUGUGUCUAUGGCAUCAUUGGUAACUGGAAAAGCGAAACGAGAAGAAGCGAACACGUUGUUAGCUGCUCUUCAGAUGCUCGAACAGCUUGUUAUCGGUGACGAUACAACUCGUGAUUGGAUUCUCGAAGAAGUUCCAAUAGAGACUCUCAUUCGACACGUUGAAAAAUCAGAUGAACGAAUUGCUCUUUGUGCACUUUCACUAAUGAAUUCAAUGAUAAGAAGAUGUCCUGAUGAUGAAAAACGAUUUGAACUUAUUAAAUCUUUAGAAGUCGUUCCAUUCCGUAAUGCUGUACACAGUUCUCUUCUACGUGGUGGUGGUGGUGUUCGAAAUCUGAAUGCUAUUGAACAACUUGUUGAGGUUCAAAGGAGUCUGAUUAGUGCAUAUGAAACUUCACCUCCUACUGAUGCUGAAGUUCAGAAAAUUCUUGAUAUUGAAUCCAGUGAGGAUGUUUCCGAGGAGAUCAGAGAAAUGUGGAAAUCACAAAUUGGGGAACACCGAUGUGGACGGUUGGCUGCAAUUUCGAUGGUUCAAUUUGCAGAAAAAAGUCCGCAAGAUCUGAGAAUGCUAAUUUCGGAGAAUACAAUGAGGAUUGAAGGAGGAAAAUGGCAACUGAUUCCAAUGUGGAUGAGGUGCUGUGACAUUGCCGCAGAAUUGUUCAGAGUAAUACCUGGUCGUGAUGAGUUGGAUCGUUUGAUUGUAGUUCUCUUUUCCACGGAGACUCCAUUUCCAGCUGUAUUCGCAUGUAUUGUACACCUUUUCCAUCGAACAUGGCGUGAGAUGCAGGCAAAAGGAGGUGAAAUGGAGAAAGUUGCGUGUGUUGUACUGGAACAGUUACGGCAUGUGCUGAAAAGACGGGAAAUACAAGAUGUAGAAGAACUAUCUGCGGAUUUGGAGACUUUUUCGUAUAGGGCAAUGCAAGAAAUUUGGAGAGAGGAACAAUUGGGAAAGGAAAAUAUUCAAUUACAUAGUGAAGCUGUGAUACAACUAAAAUCGAAAUUGCGGCCAAAAAUGGAGGAAUUGGUUCGAAUAAAUCAUCUAAACUAUUUGAAGUUAGGCGCCGUUUUUCGAAAACCACAGAAAAGUAAAUCCCUCGCAAAGCUCGCCUUCUGGCAUUGGAAGCUCGAUGCAUCGGAGAAAAUGCUCACUAUAACUGGAUGUGAUGGUGAGAACUAUGUGGAAGGUGUGCAGAGAGAUGAUAUUCGGCAAGUUUGGAUCAAAGAUAUUGCUGAUGUAACAAAUAAUGAUGAGAUUGAUAGAAAAGCAAGCUCAUCUCGAUUCACUUCUUCUCCAUCUACACAAAUGUUAAGAGGGAUUCGUGUACAAUUAAAAACAACAAAUGAUAUGAAAGAAGGCGAAGUUUUAAUGGCAUUGACAUCCGAUGAAACUCAAUCUGUUAUAUGGCUUGAAGGUCUUGCUGAAUUGAUUGGGAGCAAGGCAGUUAAAAGUGAAACCGAUGCAAUGGUUGAACGAAUGCUGAAAAUGGAGCUACGAGUUCGCCUUCUCAAUGUGAAACUCACGAACCCCGAGGAGAAACCAGAAAUUCCACCGAUCCCUGACGAUAUCAAAAGCUUUAUUUCAAAGUUUUAAUCAUAUUCAAGCUUUAUCAUUCUUACGUGCAUUUUACCAUAUUGAAAGGCAAAACAUUUCCAUGUGCAUAAUAAAUUUUGUAAUUUAUGCCU